AUGAACGGUAUCGAAAUCACAGUUGACCAUGACUCGCUGGCGUUGAAAACGGAGGUCAUGACCCUGCGGGAUGCACUCCAUGCCUGUCGCAGUUCGCACGACGAAUUGGAGCCAACAGAUGACUCCAGCGGUCAGAGUAGCGUUAGUCAGGUCCGGGACAACAAGAGUUCACCCACUCAGGUGAAGGAAGCCGUUUAUCAAGAUGGCGCGACUCCUUUGUUCAAGGCUAUCGAGGAAGUCAACUGGAGGGAGGCGUUGCGUAUCACGGAAGAGUCACCCAGCCAGGCGUUUACUUGGGUCAAGUCCACAGGAACUCAAAACACAACCUUCGAUUGGUCUUUGUGGAGGCGCCUUCCGUUGCAUGAGGCUUGUCGCCGUCAAGCACCUGCUUGGUUGGUCUCGGCUCUUCUCUCUGUGUAUCCGGAGGCAGCAAAGUGCGCUACCCAGUUCGGGGAGCUGCCGCUGCACUUGGCUGUCGGAUCGGGUGCCGCCCCGGAGGUCGUCAACUUGAUUGUUGUGGCCCACUGGGAAGGCAUCGCUUGUCGAGAUAAGAGCGGCCGUACUCCCAUUGAGAUCUGGGAUGAAUGCGAGCUGCUCGUCGACGAGGACCACCGUGUUGUCUUUGAAAGCUUGACAAGAUGUCACAAUACGUAUACUCGCCUGCAGGAAGAUUGGCAAAACAAGUUUAUUGCCCUGAAGAAGCAGCAUGAAGCGGCUCUCUUUGGCCUGAACUUGCGCCAUGAUGACGAAAUGAAAAAAGAAAAUGAAAAGAAGGCAGAACUAGAGCAAGAGCUAAACAAGCUCCAUCAAAGCGUAGAAAUGCUCACUGCUGAAAACAUCGAACACGAGGAGAAAGUCUCCAGUUUUGCAAAGGUCGAAAGGACUUGGUUGGAACGAGUGGAUUCGCUGACCAAGGCCGUGGAGCAGCUCCAAGUGGAGAAAGCGGAAGAGCAAGAAAAUGUCGAGGCUCUCCACCAGUUGGUCGAAGACAAGGACAUCGAAGUAAAGGCUUUGUCUGCUAAAACCCGUAAGCUGACCAAGGACGUACAGCAAGUAAUGGCCUGGUACAAUCAAACGGAGGAGGGUCUCUCCAGAACGCAGGAGAGCCUGCAACAGAUGGUCGACAACUACGUCGAGGUUCAUGGGAAACUUUCUCGAGAAAAAGAGGCUUUGCAGAGGAUGCUGGCCAAGCGAGGAAUUGAUCUCCCAGCAACACAAAAGAAAAAGUUUUCACCGCGAGCGCUCUCACCAAUUCCAAGCGACUUUGGAAGUGACGUGUCGUCCAUCAUGGACGAUGCGGCCCAUGCUGUUGCAGCUGCUGCGAGUGCUGCUCUCACUGGACACUUGAUUGAUGGACCGGAUUGA